AUGGCCUCAACCCACCCAAAUUCGUUGCUACGAAAAAUAAGAAUGGCUGCUGGAUUUGCAGGUUCCGCAAGAAAGCCUGUAAAAAAUACAGCGAGACAGACACAGAAUACGACCCAGCGGACCAUCGCUGCUACGAUUGCAAGAAAUUCAACAUUGUUUGCUGUGGCCAGGGAGAAGACCGCCCUUCGGGCCCUGGCAUCUGCUCCGCUGCGCUCUGGUGUUCCCCCACUUGACCUCUCUUAUCUCUGGACAAAACAGUCGGUGGCUUCGUCAUCCCCUCCGACGCCUCCACCUGAGAGCAUUGACUCCAUCUCGGAGUCCACUGGAUUCUUUACACCUCCCGAGUUUCCCGACCAGUCCGCUGUCGCCCUCUGCCGCUGA